AUGAUCGAGGUUUUGGCGUCGCUGCAGCGGGGCGCCGCGUUCCUGGCGGGGGAGGCGCUGGAGUGCGUGGUGACGCUGCGCAACCCGCUCCCGCCCGACGCCACCUCCGCCUCCAGUGAGAUUCUGGCCUGGGCCAGUGCUCAGAUCCACUGCCAGUUGCACACCAGCGAGAGCCGGGUUGCUCUGCCACCUUCACAAGAUACCAGCUAUGAUGCUCAGGCGGAAAAUGAGACUGUCUUUGUGCCCAAUAGAGGGGAGCGGGGUCAGUGCAUCCUGUCGACACCCCCAAAGAUCCUCUUCUGUGACUUGAGGCUGGAUCCCGGCGAGUCCAAAAGCUACUCCUACUGCGAGACGCUGCCGGUGGACGGGCCGCCCUCCUUCCGUGGCCAGGCGGUGAAGUACGUCUAUAAGCUGACCAUCGGCUGCCAGCGGGUGAACUCGGCCAUCAAGCUGCUCCGGGUCCCCUUCCGAGUGAUGGUGCUGCAGGGGCUCAGAGACUACCCCUUCCCCCAGGAUGAGGCCGUGGCCCCCUCCAACCCGUUCUUGGAGGAGGAAGAGUGCGGCGUGAAGAAGACAUCCCGCCUGGCGGACCUGGCCACAGAGCUCCUGACGGUCGCGACUUCGCGGCGGAGUUUGCACUUGUUCAACAUCAGCAGUGCCCGGGGCCGAGUGGCCACCUUCUGCAUCUUCAAGACCAUCUACAAGAUUGGGGAGGACGUGGUGGGGACCUUCAGCUUCUCCGAGGGGGACACGCCGUGCCUGCAGUACCUGGUGAGCCUGCAGACGGAGGAGCGGGUGCAGGAAGCCUUCCAGCGCCGCAGGGGGCAGGCUGCGUCCUAUAGCACCCACGCACGGCACCAGGAGUCCUGCCUGCACACGGCCCGGACUAGUUUCAGCCUGCCCAUCCCCCUCAGCUCAGCCCCGGGAUUCAGCACCAACGUUGUGUCCCUCCAGUGGAGGCUCCACUUCGAGUUUGUCACUCUGCGGGACGUGGCCGAGGCACCUGUGACGCCCAAGGACCCGUCGGAAGCCGCCAGCUGGACAGGAGUGGAGCAGAUGGACGUGGACACUUUCAGCUGGGACUUGCCCAUCAAGGUGCUGCCCACCAGUCCCCUGCUGGCCACCUCUGUCUCGCAGUUGCCCAGCUGCAGCGCUCUCACCAUCUGA